AUGUUUCAUUGGGGCCUACCAUUACUUCUCAGCAGUUUGUUCUUUGUGCUGAGCACCUCAACUCUAGGCAGCUCACCAGCAACUGGGCCCACGAUCAAGUACACUGCAAGUCUUGGGGAAGACGUCGAGUGCCUUAGCGAGGUCAACGCUGCGCGUGAGGCAGCUGGGCUAACCAACUUCACAACAGCAUCGGACGGCACCAAAUUAACUGCUCCAGACGCAUCAGAGCUACAGGACAACAGCGAGUGGAAAAAAGUUUGCACACAUUUGAUUCCGACGCAAGAAACAGCUGCAAUGGCUGAGCCAAGUGCAGCGAGUCCAUUUCAAGACGGAACAUAUGCUUUCAAGUCCCUAACUGCGGCGAAGCCUAACUGCAAGGAAACAGUUGAUUCCUGGAAGGCAGCCUUCAAAAACUUCACUGGCCUUCCGCCAUCAAAGACUGAAGACGAAAACCUGUACAAAAAUCAAGACAACGUUUCUUUUGUAGCCCUCUUCAACCCUUCAUCUAGAGCCACUGCAGACUGCCGAGUUGUCACUUGCACUCAAACGACUACCUCUGCUACAGAUGAUGCAGUGGGGUCAACUUAUUCGGGAAGCGGAACUACGAAAAACGGCUAUGCGUUGAUUUGCAAGACAAUGCCUGCUGCUUUUGGAACUGGCAGCUCUGCUCCAUUCACGCAGGAGCAGUGGGAGAGGAUCGUAUCGUCUGUCACAGGUUCCGCAUCGAUAGCAGCUCCAAGCUUUGUUGCUCUUGCAAUUGUGACACUCGUCAUCACCACUCUACUGUGA